AUGGAGAAAAGAUCGAAAAUCAGCAAUAGGAUUACAGCCAAGAAACCAGCUCAAUCAAAACAAGCAUCGAAGCUGCCGAAGGGAAAGAAACAAAUUCCUCCAAAGAUCGCCCAAAUGCCUUGCCAUAGAGUAAAAUAUUCCAAACUUCAAGAGAAGAAAGCUCGUCAGCUGAAGACAUUAGCUCUUCACAAGAAUUUGGUCGUGAACAUCUUAUUGUACGCGACUGCGAAUGUCAAAGACAUCUUAAAUUUCAGAAGCGUCUGUCGAAGAUUCAAAGAAUGAACUGACCUUCCUAUUGUUUGGUUUUAUUUUUACCAAGGCCAAGGCUGGAGCAUUGACUCGUUGUUCGAACCAGAAGAAGCAGAGCAUCUCAAAAGUUUCACCCAUCCAGACCAGCAAUGGGAGUAUAUGAGAGAUGAAAAUUCUAAAGUUGAUUGGGAAGAGCAAGCAAGGACCAAAUUUGCACUAGUUCAAAGCAAAAAGGAUAGUCGAGUUGCAAAAGGAUUCUCCAGGUUCUUCGAAACUGAUAUCAAGAAGUUGAGGAAAGAUAUGAGGAAAUAUCUCCAAACUUUCAAAUUCAAUUUCAGAAUUCAAUACAAUUCUGGACAAGGCACUUGAGUCAUACCAGCUAGCAAGGUGCUGUACUUCGAGCAUUCCUUGUGUGCCACUUACCACCCUAAGAAACUUAUGAAUAUUCAAAAGUUAGCAGACCUUGAAGUGGUGGCAGUAUCUAAAGCCAAAGAUCUUAAGCGGACAAUCACUAAGAAGUUGGAAAUUACCCCUGAGAGUCUGAUGCAUACUUGAAUUCCAGAAGCUCCAGAGAUAAUGAUCGGAUUAUAUGAUGAGUCUCAGAUAGCCUUCAUCACUCUUUCCUAUUCAUACACAGAUUUCUUCUUGAAAAUGCUAGACAAAGUCCGACCAUCACAGAAACGCCCUGGCGAUAUUGAUCCUGGAUACGAAUUCAACAACUACAAUUUCAGAAUUGAACUACGUAACAAUAAGGAAAGGUUUUGGUAUGAAAUAUUUGGCGGGGUAUUCACUCGUCAAACCUCAGAAAAUGGCUACUCUGUUUUCAACCUUAUCAAAUCAACAGACAACCAGAGACACUUCAACUUUAAUGGUAGAAUAGAGUAUCCUUGAGAGAGUAUGAUAGCUACUACUGAGUUCAACGACUUGUGAUAUGUCGAUGUGAGCAUUCUCGAUGAGUCGAAUAACCCCUUCUUUGACACAUCAAGAGCAUGCAGAAUAGUCAAGCAAUCUGAUGAAUCUGUUCUCGGAAGAGAAUUCUCGAAUGAAGUUGACUACAACUAUCAAGAGGGAGAAAUCAGCUGGAUCAGAUCAGAACUUGACAAUGAAAUAGCUUUCAGAAUCCAACUCCAGUACAUUGAAGAAGAAGACAAGACCUACAUCACUGAUCUGGAGGUGUCAGCUAAGUUAUCGAAUGGACCCUCUGCUUUUAUGAAUGAAAUUAGAGCUUCUACAAAAGCUUCAAACUCAAAGAAAGCAGGUAUGAAGAAAAGCAGAUAGGCUGCUUGAAGAACAUGUGAUCUUUUGCUUAGCCUAGAGAAUUCAAGAGACAGUAU